AUUGGCUUGUUUCAGGAUCUGCUAAGUAUAUAUAGCAGCCUUGUUCAGUAGUUAUGCAUUCAACUUUAAACUCCAAGAAGCCAGCCAGUUGUCCUUGUGAUUUUCAAAAAGAGAGCAAAUAUGAAAGCAGUGGCGUUCUUGAUGUGUUUGCUGGGCUCUUCACUUGCUGCCCCUGCCCCUGACAGUAGCAGUAAUGAGCAGCAGGCUGGUCAUGCUAACACAGCUCUGCAGUUGAUGGAACUCUACAGAAUGUUAGGACAUCUGCAGCAACAGGGAUUUGGUGCAGUUCCUACUGGUGCUCAACUGCUUGCAGCACCUGCAGCGCCUGCAGCACCCGCACCUGUUGAUGCCCAGCCUCAAGUUUCACCUCAAGCACCACAGCAGGGCUUUUUUUUCAACCCCGCUCUUUUCGCACCCACAGGAGAUGGAUCAGAUGAGGAAGGAACUCCACAGUUUCGUGGGUUUUACCCUCCCUACGGCUACCAGCCUGCCCAGCCGGCUGCUCCGUUGAACUCAGAUGAGGCCGAAGGGGCAGAAGAAGCAGAGGGUGCAGAAGCAGCAGAAGCAGCUGAGGCUGGAGCCGAACCUGAACCUGCUGGAACCGCUGCAACUGUUGAUGCUACUGCCGUAAACGAGAUCGCACCCGUGGAUGUUGCUGUAGAGGUUCCUGUUGAACCUGUCAUUGCUGCUGUUGUUCUGUCUCUCAUCCCUGAGGUACCAGCAGUCGCUGUGGAAAUCGACACCAAUUUGGUGGGGCCUGAUGCUACUGCUGGUGCAGAACAGGUGUUGGUGGCUGAUGCUCCUGAUGCUGCUCUGCCAGUGCAGUGAGAGGGAUGAUCACAAGCCCCGCCUCCAAGAUCCUAACCAAUCAGUCACAUCGCCGACAUUAAGACCACACCUCUAUGGUCUGAACAUUGUAGCACAGGGACUUGGCUAGACAGAGGGCGUGUCUAACUGGCUUGCUGGAACAAACUGUGGCACAUUCCUGUUGUGCUGUUUGUGAAAAUGUUUCCUAGCAGAUGACAAUUUUUAUUAACCUCACUGUAAGAAUUGAGCCGAUACUGCUGCAGACAGCGUUAAUUGUUAUAUGUCUUCUCUUUCAGUUUCUUAGUUAA